AUGGCGAACUUCGUCGAUCACUACGCCGUCUUGGGCGUCACUUUCACAGCCGAUACAACUGCCAUCAAAAAGGCUUAUCGCCAGCUCGCCCUCCGACAUCAUCCUGACAAGGCAGCGCCUGGGAAAGAAAGUGACGCGGCGGACUUCAUAAGGGCGCUGGCCGCCUACGAAAUCCUCAUCGACGAUGCCAAACGCGAAACUUACGACAACCAGUACAGAAAGCGAUCCAAGGCUACUGCGAGAGGCCACAGUUUUGUACCCCCAAAAACGACACGUGGUUCAUACUUUUCGCAUCAAGAGACAGAGACAGAGAGAGAUGGCAACUACGGCACAGGAUCUUGGGCUGAAGAUUUGGGCGGCGACGAGGAUGACAUCGAAGAGGAUUACCCAUCCGAUGCCUCGACCGACCCCAUGGAAUGUGACGACACUGGAGCCUACGAGGACGGCUAUGCAGAUCCACACUACGAGUCGGGCGAAGACUCCAACCAAGUGUGCGUCGACGAGGGACUGGAUGAUGGCGCCAUUUUCACAGAGGACUUUGACUCCACCGAGGACAAGCACUAUUUUCCGACCGCUUCUGCCGAUGAUCACCCGUCCAUGCAAGGCUGCGGUGGCGAGCGCUGGAAAUGGGACCCAGACAAUGAACACGACAGAGAUAACAACCCGGCUCCGCGCAUCAGCCACCCUGAAACCGACGCAUUCGACCUCUUCGCAGGAAUGAGCAAGUCGCACUAUCUGGAGGAGAAGGUCAAGGGCAGGUACUUCAAGGGCACACUCCUCGAGCUGCGGGCGCACAAGAACGAGUGGGACAACAUCGAUGCGCAGCUGAGAGACAUCGCGGCGCGACUGCGAUGCAGAGUCGGCGACAUGCCCGCUGGCAGCAUCCCUUUUGGAGAGUUCGAAGCGUCGUUGUCGGCCAAGAUGAAGGCGGCUCACAGGUCGGUGGACUACGUCCGGGGGGUCACUGAGUUCUCGCUCGAGGUGAUGCGCCAGCAGCAUGAUCCGAAGUUCUGGCGUCUUUUGGAUAAGAGGACUUGGAGCAUCAUCGGGUUGCUCGAGAGAAAUGCCGGGCGCAUGGAGGAGAUGAAGAGCCUGUUGUGGGAUUUGGACGAGAUCGUCAGCAGGUUGGAGACCUUCACCAACUCGGAGCUGAGAGAUGUUAAAGGGUACUUGCGGACUUUCAUGUCCGAGAUGGGUGAUUGGCGAAGGUACAUUACGUCGAAGCUGAAAUAG